AUGGGCUCGCAGCGGGAGCAAACCCACCCCGCUGUCAGCCUUACCGGCCGCAGCGCUAAGGAAGGGCGGGUGGUGCAGCAUAUGGUGGCCCGCGCCCAUGCGGGGCCGGUGGCCUGCGUUCAGCACCACCCCCUCAUCACGGACGUCUGCCUGACGUGUGGGGAUUGCAGCUUUAAGGUUUGGCGCCUCGGCAUGGACGCGCCGCUGUAUGCCUCGCCGAGGCUUAGCAGCCAGGUGACAUGCGCCGCGUGGUCGCCGGUCCGCGCGGGGAUCGUCUUUAUUGGGACAGGGGAUGGCAGAAUUGAGGUGUGGGAUCUACUUGAUCGCAAUAAUGAGCCGCUGCUUGUCCACCACCUUGUCCAGGAUGCGAUCUCCGUCUUGACGUUCAAACCACUCCCCGCAACUCGAUCACGGAAGUCCACCCAGCACAUCGUUAUCGGAACCACCCUCGGCUCGUUCCAUUGGUACGUCCUGCCGAAAAUACUUUCACACGCUCCAAAGGGUGAGGCUCACUAUGUGCGUACCAUGUUGGAGCGUGAGGCGCGUCGUGUGGCGUACUACGGUUGGCGGUGGACAGAGCGAAGGCUUGAAAUCGACCGAUAUGGCGCUAAUCUUCCCAAGAUGCUCCCGAUGGAAUUCUGGAACGCUACAGGUGUGGUACUCAACAUGACCCAAAAUGGCGAUUUUGUGGUAAAUGAAAAAACAAAUCCACAGACCCUGGGCGACGUCGGGCGGCGUGAUAGUGACGACAGCUUGUAUGGUGAAAAAUUUUACAAUUUGAAUCCUGAACGGGACGAAACACUACUGGAGAUGGUUGCGGCGAUCCGCAUGAAGGAGGAAGAAAAUCUUAGAGAUGACUCUGUGAAUUUAAUUAAAGACACCUGA